GUAAAUGAAAUGUAGAGUGUCAACAAUUAAUUUAAAAUUUUUGCACAUGUUUGGUGAAUAUUAUAUAUAUUAUAUAAAUAAUAAUAAAUAAAAGUUAUAAUAAAAUGUCAGUGAAGAGUAGAACUAAUAUGAUCUUCCGAAUGUUUGUUACACGAAUAAAACAGCCAUCAGAAACUGAAGUUGGUUUAUUUAACGUUGACGUUUACCCAAAAAUAUCACAAACGCAAAAACUACCUUGUUACAGUGAUUCAGAUUUAGAUGUUAAUAAAAAUGACGAUUCAGGUGAAAUUACAUUAAACGAAAAAACUACAGUCAAUAAAAAGGUUAUCCAGGUACUGAGUGAUACAGGUGAUGUUGAUUUGAAUCACAUUCCGCGAGAAUGUUUAAGAAGACUACGGGUUCCUCAAUCACUACAUUUAUUAAAUAAAAAUACCGCUAAAGAGUUUUCAUCAAUGAUUGUAAAUGAUGUAAAAUCAAAUAUACCUGUGUUGGAGAUAAAUCCUGGUCCUGGAUUUUUAACUGAAGAAUUACUUAGAAAUGAUGUAUCUCGAGUUUAUUUAUAUGAGAGACUUCGUAAGUUUGAUUGGUACCUCGAUCCCCUUGUAAAAAAAUAUGGCAGUCGAGUGGAGGUACGGCACCACAAUAUUUUAAAUUUACAGUAUAUUGAAGUAAUAGAUUUGAAAUCAGGGAGUACGAAUAUGCAAAAAAUUUUUGAGGGAAUUGAAAAGAAAGAAUGGCAUGAAGAACCUUCGAUGCAAAUUAUUGGAGCAGUAUCUAAUGGCCAAUUUUUAAAUUACUUACAAUAUUCAAUGUUGACGCGAUAUUUGUCUGAUUUUGGACGUGUCAUUUUAUAUAUUGCUACUCGUCCAUCAAUUGUUAAAGGCUUCGAAGAUAUUCCUGAUCACACAUUUCACAAAGCAAAAAACAUAUUUCUCCGAACAUUUUUUGAUUUUAAAAUUCUUGGGUCAUUACCAAGAGAAUCAUUUUACCCAUUUAAUAUGGCUGUAAAAUCAAAACGGCAGAAUCACACUCAUUAUCUUGAAGACAAUGAAAACAUGUCUGUGAUAAGAUUGGAAGCUAAAAAAGAUUUCAUCUCAGAUAGUUUUACUAAACAUGACGCUGUUCUAUAUUUGUAUUUUUUGAAAUUACAUUUGAGGCGACGUGAUUCACGUAUUAUUCCAUCAUUAGAAAAAUGGAUUCCUGGAUGUGGACGACAAUUAAUCAGACAUAAUUUGAAUAUCCACACAAGAUUUGCUGAGUUGACGUCAUUUCAGUUAUUUAUGUUAUUUAAAAUAGUCAAAUCUUGGCCUCAGUUUGAAACAAGUUCAUUUUUAGAAUUUAUAAAACCUCAUUUAGAAAAAGAUACGUAACAGUAUUUAUAAUUUCGUUUCACUAUUAUUAUUUCAAUUAUUGUAACUACUGUUAAAAAAAAAGUCAUGUAAAUAUGCAUUGUUUAUAAAAAUAUUUUAAAUCACAAUUGUUGAUCAAUUAACUGUUGGAUAAAUUUAUUUAUAUUUAUACUCAGUUAAAAGUUUCUCAUACAGAUAACUCAUAUUUUUUAUUUUAUCUCCAUAAAAUGUAUAUGUGAACUUUAAACUCACAUUUAAUCUAACUCUUCAUAGUCACUCUGCUAUAUAUUUGUUUCAAGGAUUUGAUGGUAUUCAAAACAAGCAAAAAAAAUAAAAAUAAAUAAUACGUUGAAGGUUUUCAAUGCUAAUGACGACUUUCUAAAAAUAUAUACAAUACCUUGGGAUUUCCGAGCAUCACUUUUUAAUUUUUUACAUUAUCAACAAGACGUUUAUAUCGUUUUUCCCGGUGAUGAAAUUCAAAUGAAAAUUAAAAUUAAAAUUGAUAAUACCGCUGCAACUACUACUAC